AUGCAGCUCACCACCAUCCUCACGGUCGUCGCCGGCCUGGCCAACGUGGCACUAGCACUCCCGGUCCCAGCGCCUCUGCCAGCUCCACCCGGCAUACCAUCCGCCUCAUCAGCUCGCAGCUCGCUCAGCGGUCUCACUGUACGCUCUUCCGGAAGCAUGACAGGCUACUCGCGCGAUGAGUUCCCUCACUGGAUCUCCAGCGGUGGUUGCUCUACCCGCGAAACUGUGCUGGCCAGGGACGGCAGCAAUGUCGUCCAAGACUCGUCUUGCGCAGCCACGAGUGGCACAUGGCGAAGCCCCUACGACGGUGCCACGCAAACCUCUGCUAGCGAUAUCGACAUUGAUCAUAUGGUUCCACUUGCAAAUGCUUGGAUCUCUGGCGCAAACUCCUGGACCGAAGCUCGCCGUCGCGAAUUCGCCAACGACCUGAACUCACCUCAAUUGUGGGCUGUGACAGCGAGUGUCAACCGGGCAAAGAGCGAUUCUCCGCCCAAUACCUGGAAGCCGCCUCUGACUAGCUUCCACUGCACCUACGCCAGGGGCUGGAUUGCGGUCAAAGCCAAGUUCGGUCUCAGUGUCACGAGUGCAGAAAGUAGCGCUUUGGGAGAUAUGCUGGACACUUGCUGA